AUGCCUGCUUGUGCUCCCGCUUUCAAUCGUAUAUUGGAUGAUCUGGCUAAGCGCCAAUUAAAGCUCGAUUUUGAGUUUGGCGGGGAACGGGUGCAUUACGAAGCCCUAAGGAGCAUUGGAAGCGGAGCCUUUGGAAUCGUAUGCGAAGCUAAAGACAGACAAAACGACAAAAGAGUAAGCGCAGGUGUUCGAAAAAAUAUCUUUUGUCAUAACUUUUAUAUGUUUUAUGUCAUAUCUCCUUUACGAAUUUCUAAUACGAUUUUCUUCAGGUUGCAGUAAAGAAGAUUGGUCACGCCUCGGCGACACCAACCUUGGCUCGUCGGACCAUCCGGGAGAUCCGAGUUCUCCGGUAUAUCAAGCAUCCAAAUAUUGUUGCUCUUCGAGAUGUCUUCAGGACAAAUGGAAGCCUCGGAAUGAAUGUAUUCUUAAUAAUGGAUCUCAUGGAAUGGAGUCUUCACCAUGUCAUUCAUGGAAGCGCUGAACCUCUUGAUUUCGACCUCAUUGCCCAUCUUUUAAUGCAAAUCCUUCGGGGUCUCAGAGUAAGCAAAAACAAAGGUUGAGAGUGUUGUAAAGCUAGCGCCCAUUCUUCCUUAUCAUUUUUGAGUGUAACUGAACCUUUGCCUUGACGUUAGAGGCGAUAAGGUUAUUAAUUGAUAAGGCUUCAUUUACUGUUGGCAAUUUUAUGAUUUCCGUUUCAGUAUCUUCAUGCCGCUGGAAUUGCGCACCGUGACUUGAAGCCAUCUAAUCUGUUGGUUAACAGUGACUGCCAUCUUAGAAUUGCGGACUUUGGCAUGGCCAAGUUGGCCAUUAAAAGUCCCAUGGACGAGACGGAUGAACAUUGUUUCUACAUGACACAACACAUCGCGACUCUUCCUUACCGCGCCCCGGAACUUCUCUUCGUAAUGUCAGAGCAUUCAACGGCCGUGGAUCUGUGGGCGCUUGGCUGUAUAUUUGCUGAAAUGAUUUUACGGAGAGAACUUUUCCCAGGUCGAAGCGUCGGCGGACAGAUUAAACUCGUCAUUAAUCAGCUGGGAACCCCGCCAAAAGAGGUGAGUAACAUUUGCUUUGAGCCAGGCUGAAUAAUGAGUACACAAUCACCUGCUUCUUCCGUUUCACGUCACUAAUUAAACCGCUUUAGAUGAUCGAUGAAAUCUGUUGUGAAAAGACAAGGAAUUAUCUGACUAGUUUUGGGCAAUUAACGCCCAGGUCAUGGGAAGAGAUUUUGAUCUCUAAAGAUCACGAAACAAACCCCGCGGCCAUCGACCUCAUCUCGAAACUCACCAGGAUGUCUCCCCAUGAUCGCACGGAUGUCUAUGGAGCAAUGCAACAUCGAUUCUUCCGACCCUUCGUACAGACAAUUCCGAAUGAACCAACUUGUCCGUUCAAGGUGAGAACUUUAACAGAGAUCACAAAUUCUGUCGUAGUGAUAAAUACCACAAAUCUCUUUUAAGGUGAAAAUGGAUAUGGCUGCAGUCGAAUCCCUUUCACAUAGUGAACUCAUCUCCAUGUUAGAAGAAGAUGUUAGAUCUGCUGAACCAUCAGAUCCAACCGAACCACGACAAACUCGGCUUCGUUCAGAUCAAAUGGCGUCAUCUUCCGGGGCCUCAUCCAAUGGAUUCUCUCUCAGUGAUUCCUCAGGAGAUCAAGUCGACGAAAAGGAACAUAGUCGACGAUCGUUGUCCUCAGCGUUUUAUUCCGAGGACGAAGAAGCCCAGCGACGAAGAGAACGGUCGGUUGAGAUCACUGCAUUGUAA